GAUGGUGGUGGCAGUGGUGGAAGGUAGUUUCUGGGCGGUGGAGGGUGCGGAUCGUCGUCCGCAAAGUCGUGCGUUCACCCCGUGCCGCGACGACAACAGGGCGUCGUUCGUUCUGGAGCGAGCGCCGUAGUUCGCCGGGGGUUUUGCCGUCGAACUUCCCUCGAACCAGCAGGCCGAACCGAUCGAACCGGUUGUCCGGCUGGGCGCGCGCGGUUCGACCCUGUGGCCGUGCGGGGAACCCGGGCCCCUACGGACUGAUUUGCGGCGCGUCCAGACGAUUCCGUGCUUAUCCUCGCGGCGAUCAGCGUUCGCGAUCAGCGGCACGUUUCCGUCGUGCACCACGUGGCUACCCUACGAACGUAGCUACGGCGAACGUGGUGAUCCUAUCGCGACGUGCACUUGUGAUCUCGUGGCUACGUAGUGACCGUGUCGCAUGUCAUUCGCCAAGAUCAGGCACAAGAGAACCCGCUAAAAUAUGAAAACGGACGGAAGACGUUGUGGUUAGGGUCCGCCACGGGGUUGCAACUAUCCUUGGGGUUGGCGAUCGACGAGGCGGAGGAGGCGUCUGUUAAGAGAAACUUGAUCAAAGCGUGGACGCUUUUGGAAGGUGGAAACUUCACGGGGACACCGUGUGAGGGUAAAUUCCUUGCAUGACUGAUCUCGUGUGUCAUCCGAGAAAAAUCGUCACCGUAGAGAAACGUCACGUGGUUUUUCGGGCGAUUUGCCUUGACAGGGAAGUACAUCCGGAAAUCAUCAGUCGUGAAUUUAGUCAAGCGAAACGUGAUUGCAUAAAGUGACACUAAACUCAUUCAGAUGUAACGUGCGUGUUAAAUCGUUUGGCAGCUAGUGUGAUUGAUCGAUAAGUGUGGGUGUCGUCGAAGAUACAUAUCGGAGCUCGCCGCAGGGAUAGGGGCGAGUUCUGCGUGUCGUCGAAAGUGGGUGGAUUUAUCAAAAUCAAGAUGCGAAGAGCUUUGUGAUGAAGUGAGAGAUCAAAUCGGCUGGUUUGUGUGAAGUGACAGCGAAAAUAAGCGCAGUGUUAGUGAAUCGAGUUUUCGCCGAUACGGUACGUUCGGAUCAAUCGCCAGGGUCGUCUGGUGCGAUCGAUCAGUUUUGGAUUACCCUGUACAAACGUCGUGGAUCGCGCCCUUCGUCGACACGACGAGCACGUGAAACAUCCCUUAAAGCGAGAAUUGAUCGGUUCGCUUGCGUACGGAGCGUGGACUGAUAAGUUGGAUUGGAGUCGAAUAAGCUUGAUGCAAACUUCACGCAAAAAUAUGCAGGAAAUGGAAGAGCACACAGACUUUAUUAUCAGAGACAACGGAAAUAUUACCGAAGUAAUGUUCUCGUGAAGUUUAUGUGAUCAGACUGUUUUCAUCAUCCUGGUCAAGAAUUAACGACUAGUUAAAGUCGCCGACGAGCAAAAAGAAAUUUGUUUUUAGACAGUUCGAGGAAAUCAAGGCAGUGCAAUCAAAUGAUGUACAGAGGAGUAUGGGUAAAGAAUCAAAAUCAGAUUACAACCAGAUAUAACGUUUGGAAAAAUUUACAUAAAGUCACUGCGUUUUCAAUUAAUAUCGAGAUAAUCAAAAGUCUACAUUUGUAAUAAUAUAAUAUUAAAGAUAUACCGCAAAAAUAUACACACAGAAACGUACGCGCAUAAUGUCAUAAAUCGAGAAACGAUGAAAAACGUUGCUACUGGAAGAAGGAGCUUUUUCAAACUGCCAUUCUGGAGAGUACUCUUAUAACGGACAAAGUGAGAUUGAAGAAAAAGAGAUAACUCUCGUAUGUAACGACAUCGUUCUCAGUAUCCAGUGUUUACGGAACAGGGUGGAGAAAUAAGAAAGAGAAACAGUUCGCCGCCAUAAUCCCGUUUCGUCGUGGAAGGUAUCAGCGAACAAAUCGACUGCAACGAGGAACAUUACAUAGAAUCAGCGACUCUUAUCGAUUACUUCUCAUUACAGCAUUCAUCAUAUAAUAUUAUGAGGAUCGAAUAGUACUGGUUAUUUUAUAGACAAUAAUAACCAAUUUACGAAACAAGAAGAAGAAAGAUACAAUUAUCAAAAGAUCAAUUUACAACAAUCUUCUUUUAUUCCAUAUAAACAAUAAUAUCUUUUAUAUAUAUAUAUAUAUAUAUAUAUAUAUAUACCUUCUAAUUAAUCAUUGAAAAAUACAAAAAGAAAACCUAGAAAUUGCUCAAAAGAUAAUUUUUUAAAAACAUCGAAAUCUUCGAUUGCAAGAUUAAUGUUUACAUGUCUCGAACUGAUUUGAGACGAACGAAAAGGAGCAGAAACGCAACCUGCAGUCGCAGCAUUCGAAGCGUUUAAAUCUUUCUGACAAAGUCACUUGUUAAAUCGUCACAGUGUGUGGAUUGGGGCAAAUCCUUGGCUACAUCGGCGGACGACCGUCGGUGGGGGCCACCAACAUGUCGCAGUCCGGAUCGGGUGGACUGAGCGACGCUCAAGGGCAGAACCAGGUCGGACAAACGACGGACAAUCAGCAGAUGACUUGCCAGAAUGGUCGCGCUGAACCAUUCGCUGACAUCGCAAAGCAAGAUCUUUCCAACGGCUUUGAAAAUCGAACGAUGGAUUACGAAAGAUUCACCCAAGAAAGAAUACAGCAUGCUCCAACUGCAGGGCAAGUUCAGGAUCAGCAACCGCAGCAAGCUUCGCAGCAACAACAAUCUGCUCAUCCAACAGCGCAAUAUCCCUCAGGAAGAAGGCAGUCUGUAGGAUUACCAGAGGAUAAGCACCCUCCAACUGGUCAAUUACCACCUCCGCAAUACGGCCAAGAUAAGAGCAACGUUGAGAGGGCCCAGCACGUGUCCCAGACUAGCACGCAGACGGUACCAGUGCAGGCGCAGCCACAGUUCGCUCCUGAUUACGAUCAAAGUCAGUACUCGCAGAUACGUGGACAGUACGAGGUCAGGUCGCAGAUCUAUCCUCAGUCGCAAUACUCCGACAGAGCUGGUUACGUGACGAGGGAUGUCACGUAUCGGGAUCCGAGUCUCUAUGGUCAGAGUGGCGCGACGAAUCCGAUGUUCACCGGACAGGGUCAAUAUGUGACAGUUCAACACGGUUCGCAAAUACCCUCGCAGUCCGCCAGUCCCCAGCCACCAUACUAUUCGGGCAUUGUCGUGCCGCAGCCACCGAGUUAUGCUCAGUUCGGCACGCAACCGCAAUAUCCUUACAGUCAGUACCCGCAAACGGUAAUGAACGCCGUGCCAUACAAUCCACACGCUGGUAUCUAUCCCACGCAGCAAUACCCUGGUCAGCAAUCGCCGAAUCCGCAGAGGUUUUCGCAAGAGAUCAGUCAGUACCAGACGCAACCGAUCAUCCAGCCAAUCGCCCAGAACGUGGCGCACGGGAUUGCUAUUCAGACGGAACGACCUUGCCGUGGACCGAAACCAAUGGUACCACCUCGUGGCAAUUCCAAGAUCACCACUCACGAUCCUGGACACCGGAAGUCCGCGAGCGUUGACGUACCGGCGUUGCAGAAAGCGAAGUACGAACCGACCUCGACUCCCCAACAAGAUCCGAUUCAUCGUAGCGAUGGCGCCAUUAUAAUGACGGGAGCGCCAAUUGGUCCGGACGGAUCGGAUAGAAGAUACUUGACUACAAUUAAUCAAAAUCCAAGAACAAGGCAAGACGGCCUAUAUGUGGAUACGAAUGGCGAUCAGUCGGGCAGAGAGAAACUGAUGGACACUAUCGCGACGGAGUGCGGCUUGUACGUGUCUAGAUCAGAGCAUAGGAAAUCCAUAUCAGUGGAUGUGACUACCAGCUUCCAGAGGCGCAACGAUACAAUAACCUUUACGUUUCCGGGCGAUAAUAAUCAAGAUAUUGUAUCGGGGAGGAAAACUACUGUAGUAGACGCGAAAAGGGUCGAGACUAAUCAGUUCCCGGCAGAGCAGAGGAGAUUGGACGUAGGUCUGCGUGUGUCGCCGAUGACUUUCGAUAGACAAGAAAAUAGAAAGAGCAUAGGUACCGACAGAAAGCCUGAAUGGGGUAACGUGAGCCCGAAUCAGAGGAAUGCUAUUCCUCCAGAGAACAGACGAUCGGAUUACUUUGAAGAACAUCGGAGAUCACCCAUGAAUCUUGAGGGUAAGAGAAUAGAGGACGUGAGGAGAUCACCCAUGCCGUUUGUACCGAUUCGCGAAACAUCCGCUGACCGUGCCGGACAGAAAAGUCCGUCUUUUGUCAGUCAGAAUUUUGAAAAGACGCGGCAAGAGCUGGCAAUCUGGGCAGAACAACGUCAACGGCAAGAACACGAGAGGAGCAUGAUACAAGGUCCAAUAUUCACGACGAGUCCUCGUUCUCGCAAUCCAUCAGAGGAAAGAAGAGAUCUCAGGUCGAUUCAUCCACCGGAUGAUCGGAAAGAUUCGAGAAUGUCUCAAUCGGCCUUUCAACCAGUCCCUAAUAUCAGCCAGAGCACUAUAAUGGAGCAACGUCGACAUCUGAGACACGUGAGCGCUGAUCUGACAAAGCACAUGGAACUCUCAAGGAAAGAUUUUGAUGAACAGCCUAUCACGGGUUCUGUGGUAAACCUGGGAUCAGUAGCCAGUACCGCUUCAUCGCAGAGAGCCAGUCCGAAUCUUUGCCACCAGUAUCCAGCUCUUAGUGAGGCAAAAUUGGACACAAAGACCGUGCUGACUGUGGUGACUGAUUUUGGCGAGACGAAUAUCAGCAAACCGAUUGAACAGGUUGAUCACAUAAUUCACAGUCACCGUAAAAGCCAUGCUAUUUCCUCCAACUUGCUCACUCACAGCAAGAGUCAGACGGAAUGCUUGCAGACUACUUUGGAGAAUCAGAUCGAGAAAACAGAUUCUCUUCAGGCUCAGCAACAGCAACUACAGAAUCAACAGAGUCUUGAUUUAAUCUCCGAGAAAUUGAGCCAAUUCGAGCGUCAGCAGAGUGAUCUCCAGGCCAAGUUGCAAUGUCUUCAGAAUCAAAAUCAAAUACUGGACAAAGUAACACAAUUUCAACACCAGCAGACCGAUUUGCAAGCGCGGUUGCAAAGUUUGCAAAAUCAAAGUCAAUUGAACGACAAGUGCCAUAAGAUAUCCAGUGAUUUUGCACAACUCCCAAUCACAGGCGACACUCAUCAGGCUCAGGUGAGCCCCUUACCAAAUCAUCAGGAUCAGGUAUCCGAUAAAGCUUGUCCAACGCACAACCAUCAAUCCGUGCACGGCCUCCAUCAAACACUCCUGACUACUUCGUACCCACAGGGCGCCACCCUUCAAGCCUGCCAAUCGGCUGUAUGCGAGAAACUGACGUCCCGCGUACAGCACGACGCUUCCGAUCCAAAUUCCAUUCAGAUACCAAACAUGUCGCAGAUGCCGUUACCGUGCCUCCCGCAAUUCGAUCGGGCCGACGCGUCGCGUACUUCGUUUUCCCAGUUUCAUCGACUUCAGUGCCAGAUCGAGAGCCACGAGGGUGCUUCAGCGACAAGUGCUGGUUUACCUGCCAGCUCUUUCACCGGCACACUGAAGAAAAUACCGCCCGAAAAACCACCCCGGACAUCCUUGAUAAUGCAGUCACCGGAAGCCGAGAGUAAUCGCAGCCAAUCAGCCAUCGGACUGAAGCAGACGUCAAAAGCACGGCCAACCAUUUUCGGGACAGCAGCCUCGGACCUGAAUCCCAAGGAUGGAAAUAGCCGGAAGAGCUUACCGCAAACACCAGCCGGAGGUGCUGGUGGAAAAGCAGGCGCGAGCGGUACCACUUCGGCUGCUGGAAUGGUCAAUGGCGCCGGUGCCGAUCACGAGAACAUCCGGGACGGCGCCGGCAUAGACACGGAGCUCGCUUUGGUGUAUCGAGACGGCAACCUCGUCUCAGGCUCGCUCGAAGCGUUGGUACAGCAUAUGGUGCCUACGGAGGAAUAUUAUCCCGAUCGGGCGUACCUCUUCGCCUUUUUGCUGAGCGCUAGACUCUUCAUCAAGCCGCACGAGCUUUUGGGCGAGGUUUGCGCUCUCUGCGAGCAUCAGCAGAAUCUGAAUGGGGAGGGCGGUAAGGAACGACUACAUCGGUUCGUGCCGCGGUUGGUGCAGCUGCUGGCGGAAUGGACGGAAACAUUCCCGUACGACUUCCGGGACGAGAGGGUGAUGGGUCACGUCAGGUCCAUCACGCAGAAAGUCGCUGCGGUCGACGCCGCGGCCAGGCAGGAAGUUUCAGGGUUGCUGCAAAACUUGCUGCUACGACUUACGGCCCUGGAAAGGUACGAGGAGGGCCUGGCCAGACUGGCGACCGAGGCAGCGACGGAGCAGCUUACACAGGUGGACAUCACCGAACUCUGUCCAUCAGCCACCGUGCUGGCACAACAAUUGACUCACGUGGAACUCGAAAGGCUCUCUUAUAUCGGGCCCGAGGAAUUCGUGCAGGCUUUCGCCAAAGAAUCACCGCAUUUAGAAACGUCCUUCAAAGAUAUGAAGAAAACCCGGAAUCUCGAAUCGUACGUUCAAUGGUUUAAUAGACUGAGCUACUUUGUAGCGACGGAAGUCUGCAAGCAUGCGAAGAAGAAGCAACGCGUACGUGUUGUCGAAUAUUGGAUCGAGACCGCCCGAGAGUGCUUUAACAUUGGUAACUUUAAUUCUCUGAUGGCGAUUAUCGCUGGCCUCAACAUGUCUCCAAUAUCUCGCUUGAAGAAAACGUGGUCGAAAGUGCAAUCUGCUAAAUUCUCGAUUUUGGAGCAUCAAAUGGAUCCGAGCAGUAAUUUCAGCAGCUAUCGCAGCACGUUGAAGGCCGCAAUGUGGCGUAGUGCUGGUGCUACAGACGAACGUCAGCGAAUCGUAGUGCCCUUCUUCAGCCUUCUCGUCAAGGACCUUUACUUCCUCAACGAGGGUUGCAGCAACAAACUGCCAAAUGGUCACAUCAACUUCGAGAAGUUCUGGCAGCUGGCGAAACAGGUGACCGAAUUCAUCGUGUGGAAACAAGUUGCCUGUCCGUUCGAGAAGAAUCCGCGCGUCAUUGCCUUCCUCCAGGCGAGCCCCGUGCUGACGGAAAACACACUUGCGCUAGCGUCUUUCGAGUGCGAGCCGCCCGACAACAAUCCGGAGAAAGAACGUUAUAAAGCUUUAAAAUCCGAGAUGAACACCCAGUGAAAGCGAGCUAUGCCGAAACAUGCCGAGUGGGAACGGUAUUGAUAUAGAUAUACGAGAAGAUACAUUUAUAAAUAUUAAUAUAUAUUCGUAAUCGUAGCUAGUUUAUCCGCGAUGACGUUGAGGAGAAGAGAUGAAGAGUAAGUGGAAGAGAGACAGCGGACUAAAGUAUUACCGGAGCGACCUGAGAUUAGGUAUUUGUGUCUUGCGAAUUUAUGCGAAGUCAGAAACAAUUCUCAUCCAGAUGUCAUUCAAUCGACCUGUACAAUCAUUGCUAACUCUUGCGUUGCAUCUCCUUCGAUUGUUAUUUUUAUUCGAUAUAGUUUGCUGAAAGCAAUUUAAAAAUAUCGGAUACUUUGAAUUUUUUCAUUCUGAUGGGCACGUAUCUUGUUAACAUUUGCCGCUCGUAAAACGGAAAAGAACACUAUUUAUGCGGUGCAGUCGCGUGAGAUGAGUCCAUUCAAAAUUCGCGGCCGAUGAGACGCCAACCGAGCGAUUGCGCCUAAACAAAGCAAUCAACGUUGAAAUGCGAAUCGUCAAUUAAUGAGAUUGUACAGUUCGACCGAUUUUGACUAGUAUCCGUGGGCACUGAAUACGAGGCUCCGACCAUCUCAGUUAGCUGGGGACCCCCCGUGGUUCGACAUGGCGCGAAUAUCGAGUUAAGCACGCCGAAUGGACGACUGUGAAAUUCGCUCGACAAUGUCGCGUAGCCGUAAGUAUAGUUCCUAAGCCUUCGACACGUUGAUCACUCCUCCCUCGAGCGAAAACCAGAAGACUUUUCCCCUUUUUACCCCUAGACAGGCUCGCGCGCGAGACGGGAGCAGCCACGGACCCGUUCGAGGGAGACGUGGUCGGCGGAUACCACCUUUUGUACAUAGCCCUUUUGAUAUACGCUAACAGGCUCCUAGGUGUGAGAAGUAGGGUCGUUCCUGUAGAGUAAGCCCGCGCGGUAAGCUCGGGAGAUAGGUCGUAAAAAGGGAAAUCGUCGUGCACGUACUUAAGAGGAUGAGAAACUAAUCGCGAGGAUGGUCAAUCGAGAUGAGGACGACGGAGAAGUCGAGAAUGUCGGCGAAGCGAUGUGAAUCGUGAAUCCUCCGUUUUCCAUGCGUUCAAUCAAUCACGCGUGCUCGUACGAUGAAUGAUAGUCGGCUGAUCGUGACUUUUUCGUUUCUUUUGUGACGCACGUAAAUGUAUAAUUAAUAGCUCCCGAACGAUUGCGUAAAUUAGUUAUCGUUCUUACGCCCGAUAUUGCGUAAAUUCGAGAUAAUUUGGUUGUGAUAGGCUCUAUGUUGUUUAUUUUCUAUAGAAUUCCUCGCAAAUAUAUGUCGAAAAUAUUUCGACGCGUUGUGGCUAUCGUUCUCGCGAAUUAUAACGUGACGCAGGCUUCCGAAAAUUACUGCGCCUGGGUAAAUAUGUCCGCUUUCCGUCAAUAUUUAUCAAUGUGAUUUAAUUAACGAGUGAGUAAUUGUAAGCCGUAUAACGAAUUUAGCAGUAAAAUAUACUCACGAUUGUCUCAGAGCACUCGCGAGUGUCGGAAAAGUAAAUUUAUUAUCAAAAAUUAACAAAUCGACUUUUUCAAACGGACUCGGUGUUAAUUAACGUGAUUAAUGUGGACGUGAAUGUGGUGUGCCGUGCCUUCGAUCGAAAGCAGUAACCGAGAUGUAUUAAACACAAAAAAAUUACAAUCUAUGAAAUAUGUUACGAGAUAUUGGACUGUAUUAAACGAGACGUGUUCUUAACGCGUGCGUCACUAUUUCCCGUGAGAUCGUGAAAUUCCUCCCGUAAAAAAACCGAUAUGUCCGCAAAAAUUGCGGAUACGAAUCUGCCGUAAUAUAACUGACAAAAUAUUCGUUUCUUUCUAUAUUUAGCCAGAUACUUGCCUGGAUAAAUAAUUCAAGAAAAGAUAACAUAUGUGUUUCCGAACAGUUAUAGGGACCAAGAGUUCGUUCCUCCUGGGUACGUAAACUUUGCCUACGGCACGACGAAAUGCCGGGAAAUUGCGAUGGCACGAUCGAAGGAGGAGGGAAACAAAACGAGCUGUUUCGAAUUUCGUUCACUGGGUCACGACUUCGCGGCCCGAGAGAAAAAUUGCAUGCAAAUUGAAACGCGUUCCAAAUCGCGAUCUCGUUUAGUUGAAAGGGCCACAUACACGUAGAUGGAAGACACGACGAUGUUGUGUAAUAACAUUUUACGAUUUCCCCCGAAACGAUAACACAUUUACGGAAUAAAACCUCUCCCAUUCCUUUGGUUCUACCACCAUCUCGCUCAUUCCCAUUUGCUCUUUAAUAAGAAUUCUAUAUCCGCUCUAAUUUCUUCUCGCGGUCACCGAAACGAUCGAUAGUGUUUGUCAGAAAUAGUCGGUUACGAUUCCCUCCCGGUUGAUGGAAAUACUUUCCGUUACAUUUUUCAUGCGUUCACCGAGAGGAGCUUGAAAUAAUCUCUAUUUUUUUCCUUUUCUCCCUGUCAUUCAAGUAAGGUAUAUUUUGGCGAGAUUACGAAGAUUUUAAUUGCAUUUUUCUCUCGGCACGGGAAGCAAGAGGUGACAAGCGGAUAUGAAAUGCACUUAGCACGAAGUGUACAGAAAGAUUACGUAACAAAGAAAGUAUAUCUUAUCGAUCGAAACGACAAAUUCCGCGAAUUCUGCGCGAAUCAGGUCAUCGUAAAGAAUAUUCAUCUCGAUGUGUCAUUGGGAUAAACCAUUGAUAAUCAUCGAUCUGUGCAUGAACCAUUAAUGAAAUGUGAUUAUCCAUGUUUCCCAUGUGUUUUUCAUCAGUCGAUUUUACAUACAUUUGAUAUGUAUUUAUUAUGAAAUACUUGACUUAUUGAGUCCUCUCGGCUAUUGAAUGCUCUCAUGUCACAUUUCAAAACGUACGUUUUCUCAUUAUAAAUAUUUUGACAAAUUUUAUAUGUGAUAUAUGAUAUAUAUAUAUUAAUAUAAUAAUAUGUAAUUGUUAGGUGAAAUACGUAUACAAUCGUACGUCAAAACUCGUUAUUACUGGGAUGCCAUUUUUAACAGUUUUACAAAUUUAUAAGUGUUCGGUAUAGUCCGUCAUUUUUUACUUGCCAUUUUACACAUGUUUGAUACGACUAUCUUCGUCCAGCAUUAUUAACCGGAUCACCAUCGGUUUAUUCCUUCACAAAAUUCGCACGCGAUCUGAUCGCGCAGUUCUCGCGGCAAUUUUCCAUUAGUAGUAACAGAUCACCACGAUUACCGACGAUUACAUGCACGUUAUCGUAAAUCAAUGAUUAACAGUAAGGCUAAUUAUGCUGUACCACCUUAAGCGGCGCGCGUGUUACAUUGUCAAUAUUCGUAGCGUUAUAUCGUGAUCAUACGGCCAUCCGUGUUCACGAAUCCCCCAAUCCCCUCGAUCACCCUUGCUCGAUCUCUGUUAAUGCGCUCGGAAUCAAAUCCCCGUUCAUUUGUCGCUCCUCACGCAGCGUCAUCUCAACGACGGAUUUUCUACCACGCUAUUUUGUACGAUUUUUCUAACAGACACAAACGCAAUGAGUUUGCCAAGCGAGAAAAUAUCGUCGUCGUGAACGACGCAUUAUACGAUGCGAAGCCGUUCCCAUAAUCGAGCAAAUCAUUUCCCGGAUAUUCCUCCACGCUCACACCGUUUCAACCCCUAACGAUCAACCCUCUCCCCCCGUCGCCACAGCGGACCUUUCUCCUCGCGUUCGACGAUACUAGUGACGUUCUAUAAUUAACAAUUCUGUACAUAAGAAGAAAGUCGUGUGUGUAUAUAUAACUAUAUACGUAUCUGUACGUUACUUAGAUCUAAAGUAUAGGUCGCCGCAACCGAAUUUAGGUGACGGCAAAAAACGGAAGCGGUUCUGCACCGCAUCGGAGUCUAUGAUUAUUAUCAGUGACCGCGAUCGUCGAUCGGUCGUCAAUCCGAGAUUGCCUAACGCAACUUUAAGUAUGUACGUACGUUCAUCCUUGAGCGAUUGAUUGGAAGACGAUGGUAAGUCUUGCUUAAUCAUCUAGUCAUUAGAUUGUUAGUUUGGCCCGAAUUUGUGUCAUUAAUAGGACAGAUUUUCCGCUUUAUUUUUUUAAGAAAUUGUUUUUAUGAAUAUCUAUGCGCGAGGCUUGACUCCGUCAACCAACGUGCGUUGCGAAUGCGUCAAAGCAUUUCUUUGAAGCAUCCUUUGACGUUUGAUUUUUCAUGUUUGUAUAUAUGUAUUGAUACAUCAAUAAUUUUAUUUGCUCUUGUGACAGUCUUUCCUCUCUCCCUGCAUUUUCUUAUUCAUGUUUUAUUAAUCAUGCUUUAUAAUAAGUACAAUUUUAUUUUAGAUUAAUUUAUAUGCGUUGCAGUAUAGAGAUGAGAGAUUGUAAAAUGCUUUUGAUAUACUUCGUAAUAUUGUUAAUACGUAGAAUUUUCCAAAAUCAGUGAUGCACAUUUUGAGAUAUUUCUUGAGUAUUAUCGAAUUUUAUCAUCAUUGCUUUCUCAUGUAUCAUAGCGAUAUUAUGAUAUUUCUCGGCGAUACAGACUCGGACCACUUUAUGCCUAAAUUAAGCGCGUAUUCGAGUUAGAUUUAAUAUUAAUUUCCGCGCUGAGAGCGUAUUCUUGAUCGACAUUCCCUUAAGUGAUGUAAGAUUAUAAUUGCAUCAUGCAACGUAGAUAGGAUAUCUCCUUUGUAGAAUUCCGCGGGCAAGUCGCUUUUUGUUUGCCGUCUUGUAGCAAAUGCGAUUGAUGUAUUUAAUAUUUUCUACUUCACUUUCCUUCGUAUAUACACGUUGGAAAAAAAUGGCAUGUCAAGUGUAUUAAUGCGACAAAACUCGCGAUCGCAGGUAUAAUUUCUUGCCGACAAGAAAACUUCAACAGUCAUGCCUAUAGUGUGAUCUGUAAGUUUCUUUUUGUUCGCAAAUGUUCAUAAGCAUAGCAGGAGUCGAUGUAAUAUACACUCGGAAGGACAAAUGUUCGACUUUCAGUUCUACGAGAAUCAUCUCGAAAGUAACGAUCAUCUUUAGAUUCUUACGCGAAAAUAUUGAGAUAUACAUUAAUAUGCUUUAUAAAGCAAUUAACACCGUUUAUUAUUCCUGAAUAUUACAGCUUGCCAUAGUUUUAUUUCUCAAAUUUUAUUAGUUUUAUAAAAUUUUAUUUAUAUCGAUUUUUAUUAUGUGUCACUUCAUAUUGAAAUUACAAAAUUUCUGAUGAACGAAAACAUUUCGAUUUUAGAGAUCGAUAGUCAUCUGCAAUCAACUGAUGAUCGCGACUUCCGGUACAAUUUUCAAGUCAAAGUCUGCGAACCUCUUUAAACUUUUUGUUAAAUCAAGCUUUUGAUAUCGUGCUGUUUUAUAAAUCGAUUAAUGUUCUUGUAAUUUUCGUAUCUUUACGAGUAUAUUUUUUAUUGUGUUUUAAAAGGCACAAUACUAAAAGAAGUAAUUGGAUAAGCGAACAAUAAGAAACCUUAGCUUUCGUCUGAUCAGUCUAAAUCUAUGCAUUGUAAUAAUGUAAUCGAGCUAUGUGUAAGUUUAUACUGUAAACGCAUCGUUUCGUUCUCGAUUGCACAUGUUUUGUAUUCAAUUUGUAUAAAAGCCAUCCGUUGUGUUGUUACCUUGGAUUGGAAUCAGGUCAGAUAUGUUGGGACUAUUGUACAUAAAAUAGGCUCAAUCAUGUAACAGCGACAGAAAAGCAGCAAUUACAAUUACUGUAGAAACGAAGAUGUCUUACGAAAUAAACUGCAAAUUAACA